AUGUCUCCUGUCAGCACCAAAAUACUCAUACUAUCCGAUACCCAUGCCUUGAGCUUCCAAUCAGGGGCGGAGCCUCUUGAGAAUUUUGACAUGGCCAUUCACUGUGGCGAUCUCACAAAUGACUCAAAGCUUAGAGAUUACAAGGCGACGAUCCGGCUUCUUGAGCAAAUCAACGCUCCUAUCAAGGUUGCGAUUGCAGGAAACCACGACUUUACCCUUGACAACAGGGUUUACGAGCAGAAGAUUGAAGAAUCCUGUAAAGCAAGCCAAGAAGAUAUCAGCGCAGAUAUCAAAGCUGAAUAUGGCGAGUAUGGAGAAGCUAAACAGCUACUGUUGGAUGCGAAGGAUUGA